ACUUGAGAGCCUUAAAGUCGGUCAGAUGAUGGAUGAGUCAGACGAUGAUUUUAAGGAGCUCUGCGCCACCUUUCUCCAAAGGGUGAAAAAGAAUGGCACCAAGGAAGUGUCGGGGGAAAGGAAGACACAAAAGGCCUCAAACAGCACUGAGACAAGUAAACCGAAAAGGACCAAACCAACUGCUACCAAGAGCAAAACCCUUCAAGGACCCAGGGAGAAGAAAACUCGGUCUGGCAGCCAGGGCCCGAGGACUAAAAGGCAAGGGGCAUCCAAGUGGCAGGAGAGCAAACCAGCUCCCCCUGAGAAUGGAGGGGGAGGUGUGCCUGCCUCUGCUGUGCUCCAGGAGAAUGUGCAGAACACCCAGACAGAGGACGCUCGGGACAGCGACUCCCAGCCCCCUCCUUCCCAUCUGACUGCGAUGGGGCCCAGUCCCUCCAAACCCCGGACGGCCGAGCUCGUCCUGCAGCGAAUGCAGCAGUUCAAGAGAGCAGAUCCUGAGCGCCUGCAGCAUGCUUCCGAACGGUGCUCCCUGGAGUCUGCAGUUGAAGAAAACCUCCCGAAGGGCCCUCGAGAGGAGAUGACGGCAGGGGACGGGUCGGGGCCCUGGCUCCCUGCCACAGAGAGUGACGCGGCGGUGGCCUUGGCCCUGCAGCAGGAGUUUGGGCAGGAACAAGCAUCGUUACCUGAUGAGAACCUGGAGGAGACAGGGUUGUUCUUCUGCCAGAUCUGUCAAAAGAACCUCUCAGCCAUGAACGUGACACGGAGGGAGCAGCAUGUGAACCGGUGCUUGGAUGAGGCUGAAAAGGCACUGGCACCCACCACACCGCGGAUCCCCGAAUGCCCGAUUUGUGGGAGGCCGUUUCUCACCCUGAAGAGCAGAAUCAGUCACCUGAAACAGUGCGCGGUGAACAUGGACGUGGGCCCCCAGCUCCUGCUCCAGGCCGUGCGGCUGCAGACGGUUCCGCCGGAGGGGGCCUGUGGCACACUGGCAUCAAGCUUCAGCCAUCACGCUGGAGGUCUGAAGCGGAGGGGAGCCACCAACCAGAAGGAGCUGCAGAGGAAGCGGAGGGUCACCAAGCCCGAGGCGCCGUCCGAGGACUUGCUGGUGGCCAUGGCCUUGUCCCGGUCUGAGAUGGAGCAGGAGGCUGUGCCAGCGGCGCUCAGACUGGGAAAUGCCUUUUCUGAGAGGAUAAGACCGGGAGCAGAAAAGAAGAGCCGCAAGAGGAAGGCGCCUGUUUCCCCUCCCCCGUUGUUAGUCCAGGACCCGGAGACCACGGGGAGGCUGACGGCGGAUCGGGUGGCCCAGCUCUUUGCCGAGGAGGUGGAGCUGUCCAGCACGCCGCCGCUUCCCACGAGCAGGAUUCUAAAGGAAGAGCUGGGAAAGGCCGGUCGGUGUCUGCGGCCACCCGGAGGGAAGCAGAACUUUCUGUGGGAAGGCAGCGCCCUGACUGGAGCCUGGGCCCUGGAAGCCUUCUACACGGCAAGCCUGGUCCCUCCCAUGGUGCCCCAGCGGCCCGCAAAGGCUCUUACACAGGAGCCCAUGCUCCUCCCAGGGCUGCCUGACCAGCCAGAGCUGGGAGUGCAGACGCCACCUGCUGUCCCCAGUGCCCACCCUGCAGGCCACGGCCCCAGGAGCCCAGGCCCCUCCGCCAGCCAGAGGGAGCACCAGGCCCUGCAGGACCUUGUGGACCUGGCGGGAGAGGGGAUGAAUGCCAGCCCAUGGCCCUGCAGUGGGGGACCAGCCAGCCCGGGAGGGGUUGCAGGGAUGGAUUUGUCACCCACUGGCCUUCCACUGACUGGGUUUAUCCCGCCACCCCAGGAAGAGCAGCUGGAGAGGGGCGGCCAAACUUCGCUCUCUUGCAGCCGUCAUGCCUCCACUUGCUCGUCCCCCGCAUUGUGGGCCAGGGGAUUCCAGCUCACCCUCAGUUUGCUGCUGGCUGACUUCAGAGCCAUGGUCAAUAACCCACAGCUGAGCGACAUCCAGCUUCAGACAGACAGCGGGGAGGUGCUUUACGCCCACAAGUUCGUGCUUUACGCCCGCUGCCCCCUUCUCAUGCAGUAUGUGAACAGCGAAGGCUUCUUCGCCGUGGAGGACGGCGACGUGAAGAGCCAGCGCGCGCUGCUGGGUGGCGUGAGCGCCGAGGCUGCCCGUGCACUCCUGCACUAUCUCUACACCGCGGACCCCGGCGUGCCUCCCCGGCUGGUGCCCGGCCUGAGCGCUCUGGCCCGCAGGUUCGGCGUUAGCGAGCUUGUUCUUCUGUGCGAACAAGAGCCUGAUGUGAUGGGUUCAGAGGACGGGCCACGGAAGGAGAAGGAAGACGAGGACUGUGAAAGCCGGGCGGAGAACUUCCAAGAACUCUUGAGGUCCAUGUGGAUAAAGGAAGAGGAAGAAGCAGAGGCUUCAUUGAAAUCCAAGGGCUGUGAAGAGGACAGAGAAAAAGUGGAUGAGGCAGAAAUGGAAGAGAUUUAUGAAUUUGCAGCCACUCAGCGCAAGCUGCUCCGGGGGGAGAGCACUCCAGAGGUCAAGGAAGAAACGGACCGGUUUGGGGAGGAUGGUCCCUUGUCUGCACAAAUCUCCUUAAGUGUUCAGGUUCACGAACAGCCGGAAAAUGCAGAAGAGAUGGAACUGUGUGACCAGAGAAGAGAUGAGGCCCCAGUCAAAUGGAAGAGUGUGGGACUGUCCACGCCCCUGCGACUCAAGGGCCAUGGUGCAGAUGUAGAGACAGCAGGGUCCCCAGAGGAAGCACUGGGGCGUCCCGGCUCCUCUCGCCCUUCUCGGGGUGGCCGGACAGGGAGAAAGGAAGGUGCGUUUUGGUCCUCAACUGCUGCUGCCGCUGAACAGCCCUUUUCAUCGACUCCCAGAAGAUGCCCUGAACCGUCGCAGACAACAAGUGAGCUCCAGGAAGACAAUGGCACGGCCACGAGAAAGGGGGCGGAGAGUCCUUGUACCCCUGCCCACCGGCAGGCACCCCCGUUGCGCCCGUGCCUGUCGAAGCUCCUUCAAGGCAGGAGUCCUGGCCGGCCACGCCCUUGCCCUCGCCCUCAUCACACCGGCCAGUCGCCCAGCGGAGCUUCUAGGGCGGCCUCCCAGGACUCACCAUCCAAGCAGAGGAGGGGCAGGAGCCUCUGCAAGCUACUUAAAGAUCCAGGCCUUCAGAAAGGCAAAGAACGUGGUUCCUUGUUGGAAUGCAGAAAUAAAGGGGCUCUGGUGUCCCCAGAAAAAUCUCCAUCCAUUGACCUCACCCAAUCAAAACCUGGUCAUUUGAGCUCCCGAUCUCAGAAUACUCCAUCCAGCAAGAACAGAGAAGAUGAGAUUAUCCUUUUACUGGACUCAGAUGAAGAGCUGGAGCUGGAACAAACCAAAACAAAGUCAGUUCUUGAUGGUCCCCUGGAAGAAAGGAAAGUGCUAGAAGUUAGCACCAAGUCUUCUGAGCUGUUUUCCGUCAUCGACGUUGAUGCAGAUCAGGAUUCUUUCCAAAGCCCACCACGAAGAGAGGCGGAACUGCUGUGUGGGGAGGAGAGGCCGCCAGGGAGCCAGGGCUCAGGGGAGGGCAGAGGGACCCCUCAGCUGUUCUGUGACCCCGAGAGCGGCCCUGAGGAGGACAGCACCACAGACGCCUCAUGGCUGGUGCCCGCCACCCCCCUGGCUAGCAGAAGCCGUGACUCUUCAUCCCAGACCCAAAUAACAGGCCUCAGGUCCAGGGCUUUAGUGGAUCACAUGGCCCAGUUGAAACCCCGGGCCUCCCUAGAAAACAGGGAUAGACCCGAAGCUGCAAAUACGUGUUCGAUAGCCAGGCCCCAGAUGUCGCCACCGCACUUGGGCCCCAUCAGUGCAGGAAGCCCCGACAGCAGGGACCCAUGCAGUCCCCACCCCGGGCGCCUCCAGCACUUUGCUCUUCUGGCGGCCUGUCCCAUCUCAGGGGGCCUCGCCGAUUCCACGGGGCGGCUCCGGAAGCGCUCGCCCCUCGGGCCCAGCCUGCUGAAUCAGGCCACCGCGAGUGAGGUGGUGGAGGUGGAGGACAGCGAAGAUGAGCGGGAGGUGGCCAACAGCAGCCCCCUGCCGGACAAUGACCCUCCGAUCCCUCUUGACGACUGCCACUGGCACAUGGAGCCCCUCUCUCCGAUUCCGAUCGACCGCUUGAAUCUUGAGCUGACGGGGCCCCUGAGCACCAGUAGUCCCAGCGGUUACGGCCACUCCCCGGCCCUCUCGGGCACCACCCCCAUCCGAGGAAGCCUUGCCGGCCAAAGAAAGGCUCCAGAGAAGUCCCCUCGGGCCGGCUCGCCUGGGAGCAGCAGGCAGAGCUUUCUGAACUCGGCUCUGUGGGACCACUGGGAUGAAAAAGAACAGACGUCUCCAGAGCUCCUUCCUGCGGCCCAGAUGCCGAGUGCUGAUGAAGCUCAGAAAUCAGAAGGGUUAGAGACGCCAAAAGGUGCUCAUUGGAAGAACUUGCCCCCGAAAGAGCCCAUAACCCCAAUGCCAAGGUAUUCCAUCAUGGAGACCCCGGUACUGAAGAAAGAACUGGAUAGGUUUGGCGUCCGCCCUCUACCCAAACGCCAGAUGGUCCUGAAACUGAAGGAGAUAUUCCAGUACACUCACCAGACUCUGGAGUCAGACUCCGAGAAUGAGAGCCAGUCCUCACGGGUGCUCCUGGAGGCGCCUCACAGCCAGACCCAAGCCAGCAAGACGUCCAAGGGCUCCUCCCAUCAAGAGAAUCCUCCUGGUGGAAGCCUCCCUCCAAUGAGCAGGGAGGAGCCUCCAGGCCCUGAUGGUGACGCCCAGCUCCCGGCCUCCCAGGAAUCAGUGGCCUCCUCCGUGGACAGCAGUGACAGCUCCUUUAACUCACAAAGUUCUUCCUGUGAGUUUGGAGUGGCCUUUGAGUCUGCAGGGGAUGAAGAGGGUCAAGAGGAGAUAAGUGCAUCACAGACGGCCGCCCAGGCGGCAGCCACGGAGGAGGCAGUGAGGCGCUACAUCCGCUCCCGGCCGGCCCUCUACCGCAAGGUCCUGCUCUAUCAGCCCUUUGAGUUGGCCGAGCUGCAGGCCGAGCUGAAGCAGCAUGGCAUCCGCAUGGCCCUGGGGAAGCUCCUGGAUUUCCUGGAUGCCCACUGUAUCACCUUCACCACCUCCGCGGCCCGGAAGGAGAAGCUCCAGAGGAAGAGGCGGCAGCCCGUGGGCAAGAAGAAGCGGGGCAGGGCCGCGGGCCGGUCCGCCCCUCCCCACCCGCGGCCGUCCGCAGCCUGUGAGCGUCUGCAGCCCCCCUCGGCGAGCCAGGCCUCCACGGGCGUUUCGGGGCCUGGGGACCACAUCAACCCCCCGUGAAAGUGACGAUGGCCCCGAGUUGGUCGGCUUUCCCCAACUCCAUUUCCACGGUCCUCAGGGCCCCAGCCCCUUCCUCUUGUCAGUGCCCAUGGUUUGUCUCCCUUUGUCUCCCUGUGACCCCGCCGUGGGUGGCCACCAGCUAGCCAGGACUAGGUCUUUCGGGUACAGGGUGUCCUCGUCCUGCGGUGGACAUCCAGGGCCAGCUUGCCCUUGCCCUGCCUUCCUUCUCGACACUUGGCCAUAACCCCAGCCUCCACCAGCAGACCAGGUGCCCACAAGCCUGUCACUGCCACAUGUUAGGUGCUCUGCUGGCCCACCCAUCCCGCCUAGAUACCUGUGAUAGUCACCAGCAGUCUCCAAACUGGGCAGUGCGGGCGGGCCCGGCUUUGCCGGGUAUGCGGGGGAAGCUAUCUCCAGCCUCAGGAGCGGUGUGGAGUACGGGCGAGGGCCAGAAAAGAGGAAAGGUCUGGGUCUCUACAUCCAUGUGAAUGCCUUGUCUGUUUUAAAUACGGUGCAGUCCAUUUUAUAUGAUGUGCAAUAAAAACAAAAACACUGUA